GGGCCAGGACAGGAAAUGGCAAAUUCUCAGCAUGAGCCACGACUUUCCCAGGGCCCUCAUUGGUUCUCUGGAACUAUAAAGCAAGGCUCUUCCAGAAACAGCCUAGGAUGUUCCUUUCCUGGUAGUAGCCUGGAGACCAUGGGCAUGGAGAGGCCGACAGCCUGGGAGCUGCAGGGCGCAGACUCGCUGCGGCGCUUCCAGGGCCUACUGCUGGACCGCCGCGGCCGGCUGCACGGCCAGGUUCUGCGCCUGCGCGACGUGGCGCGGCGCCUUGAGCGCCUGCGCAGACGCUCCGUGGCGGCCAACGUGGCGGGCAGCUCGCUGAGCGCGGCGGGAGCCGUGGCCGCCAUCGUGGGGCUGUCGCUCAGCCCCGUCACCCUGGGAGUCUCGCUCAUGGCCUCGGCCGUCGGGCUGGGGGUGGCCACCGCCGGCGGGGCCGUCACCAUCACUUCCGACCUCGCCCUGCUCUUCUGCAACUCGCGGGAGUUGCGGAGGGUGCAGGAGAUCGCGGCCUGCUGCCAGGACCAGAUGCGGGAGCUGCUGGGCUGCCUCGACUCGUUCUGCCGCGGGCAGGGCCUGGGCGGCGACCUCCGGCUGCUGCAGUGCGGCAGGAACGCCUCCAUGGCCCUCUACAACUCCGUCUACUUCAUCGUCUUCUUCGGCUCGCGCGGCUUCCUCAUCCCCAGGCGGGCCGAGGGGGCCAGCAAGGUCAGCCAGGCCGUGCUGAAGGCGAAGAUCCAGAAGCUGGCCGAGAGCCUGGAGGCCUGCACGGGGGCCCUGGACGAGCUCAGCGAGCAGCUGGCGGCCAGGGCCCAGCUCCGCACCAAGACCGGUGGCUGCGACCUCAAGAUCUCCGCGGAGCGGCCCCCAGGGGUGUUUUUCUGAGAACGUUCAUGCCCCCCCCCCAUGACUUGAGGCCAGAAAACUCCUCCCCACCACCCCGGUGGGAUGCUCCAGAGGAGUAGCUCCCUCAGGAAAACACCUAACUCGAGUUGGAAGCCGCAUGCAAAGGAUGAGGGGGAAAAAACAAAAACUGUGCUUAAAGUGAGGGUGUCCUCAGAGCCCCACCCUUUCCAUCACUGUCGAGCCAUGCUGGGACUUUUUGUCUAUCCCAGUGGGAGAUGGGACCUGAAAGUCCUGUUUUCCCUUUAUCACACGACCCUGCUUCAUUCUCCUGAUGUCAGGUUGUUGGGAGUCCUGCCUUUGCAUGGUGGAUAGAGCUGAGGCCGGGGAGGGUGUAGACAUGCCCGCUAUGGGACUCCUCUCCAAGCCCUUCUAGGACCUGGGGUGCUCAACAGGCCUGUGAGAGGAGACCCAAGCUUUAUUGUAGACCCUCCCCCAGAGUAGCUGAGUUGAAGGAAUUGUAGAGGCCAGAGCAGAUCCCACCCCUGGGAGACUGACUGCAGGACCCAAGGGCAGUGACUCCUCUGCCAGGCUCUACCCGCCCAUCUCAGCUUGUCCACUCACAGGGCCAGCCUGGUGGUGGAGAGACAGGGCUGGCUUCCUAGCUGGACCUCCAGUCCCUCAGAGGGGACAUCAAUUGAAUGGUCAGCUAAGACCUUCCCUCCCCAGCCCCCACCCCCGGAAAUAAAUUAUGCUAUUGAUUGAAAUCACAGGGAAGAGAGACAUGGAUUUGGAGGCAGACAGUUCUGGGUUUAUUACAGGGUUUGCAGAAUCAUUCUUAGAAAGUCAAGGACAGUGUGCCCGAAAUGAAAGAAUGUGUGUGCACUUCAGUCAGUGUCCUGGGGACGGUUCCCCUUGUGAACUAAGGGAUACAACAGCCAAAGCCCUCUAGAGGGCAGUGUUGUCCACGCGCUGCAGAAAUUGGUACAGAGAGGAAUGCAAACUUUUUUAAAUUGACCCUCCUUACCGUCUCCAAAAAACCGCCUGCCCACGUAUUGUUAUUAUUAUUUUAAUUUAUUUAAACCUGUUAUUUAAUUACUGUUUAUUAUUUGAAUUUAAGUUUAUUUAAUCACUUUUGGAAUAUAACAAGAACAGCGAGUUCCUGAGCAGGGAGCUACUGAAAGCUCUUCAGGUGAUGAAGCAUCGCUCCCCUGGAAUAAAUCUCUCUUUUCUGAGGGGGUGCAUUAAAUGAUCCUUUUAAAUGAGUAUGAGGAGUUCUGUAUGGAGAUCUUGAUGGAGCUUAGGCAGACUCCAGGAGACUUGGCUUGUGGGUUGAACAUGAAGCAGACAUACUUAUCCCCAAGGUACUUUGCCAGCAGAUCACACUUGACCUGCAAAGUUCAGUUUAGGGGGGAACACCCCCACCCCCCACCCCACAUGUGAAGGAAGAAGUCAGAUCUUGGCACCAGACAUCCUGAGAUGUAAUGUCUGUUGGGAACUUAACUUGUUAGGGUAACUGUUAGAACCCUUUGUUUAAUUAUUUAAGGUGUCUCCAAUUUCCCCCACUCUAUCCCUGGGCUUCCCAGUGAUGACUGUGUCAGAGAUAGCGUGACUUCGUCGGUGUUACAGAGAGGGGUUGGUGUUUCUGCAUUUUUUGGGUCAGUUCUGUAACUUGCAACUAAAAGCCUGGUUUAUGUUUAAGUUAAUCCUGGUUUUGCUUGCUUCCUUUCUUUCCUUUGUUCUUACCUGGUCACUGCUCAUCUCUGGUUUAUGGGGUUGUGGAGGAUUGAACCUGGGAUCUCAGAGCCUCAGGCGUAAGAUAGUCUGUUUGCAUAGCCAUUAUGCUUUAUUCCCCCACCCUCUGUUUCUUUUUAAAGGGAUGUCAUAUCCUAGACUGCCUUGCUUUCAGUUCACCAGAAAGUACUUCGCUCUGUCGCUGGGUUUAUGUCCUCAAGGUACAGCCAUUCACUAGCUUCAUCUUUUACUAAUGUUCAACUUUGAAUAGUCUUCCAAUGCUGAGCUAGUGGCCAGAGGUCAUCUGAAUCAGCAAACUUCCCUAUCAUGAAGGGGAUGUUGAGUAGUUCCAAGUCCUAAACUCAGAUCAUUCCCAUGGCCCACUUUACAUCUCGAGAAGUGUGGUCAGUAAAUGCACUAGAAUAGUUUAGUGAUCGGUUUAGUGCUACCGAUAGGGACAUGUUUAUAAUGAAAGGCCAUUCAUCCUCUUACACACUGGUUGUAAAGAAUAGCACUUGUAGGGGGCCAGGCAGUAGUACAGGGGGUCAAAUGCACAUGGCACAAAGCACAAAGAUCGGCGCAAGGAUCCGGGUUUGAACCCCCGGCACCCCACCUGCAGUGGGGUCACCUCACAAGUAGGGAAGCAGGUCUGCAGGUGUCUAUCUUUCUCUCCCCCUUUGUCUUCCCCUCUUCUCUCCAUUUCUCUCUGUCCUAUCCAAGAACAACAAAAGCAAUAACAGCAACAAGGGCAACAAAAGGGAAAAAAUGGCCUCCAGGAGCAGUGUCAGAGUGCAGGCACUGAGCCCCAAUGAUAACCCUGGAGGCAAAAAAAAAAAAAAAAGAAUAGCACUUGUACCUGGAUUUAGCCAGUCUCAUUUCAGUGGACCCUAGAUACCAAUAUUUAUUUUUGUAUGUGUGGGAAUGUGAAUACAUUUUUUUUCUUAAUGCCUUCAUUCUAUACACAAGCAUGGAAAUGGUAUGUUGUAAAGGCAAGCAAGAAGAGGACUGUUGGGAGUUGGGUGGUAGUGCAACGGGUUAAGCACAUGUGGCGCAAAGUGCAAGGACCAGGGUAAGGAUCCCGGUUCUAGCCCCUGGCUCCCCACCUGCAGGGGAAUGGCUUCACAGGUGGUGAAGCAGGUCUGCAAGUGUCUUAUCUUUCUCUCCCCCUCUCUGUCUUCCCCUCCUCUCUCCAUUUCUGUCUGUCCUAUCUAACAACUACAGCAUCAAUAGUAACAACAACAAUAAAAAACAAGGGCAACAAAAGGGAAAAUAAAUAUAACAAAUUUUUAAAAAGAAGAGGACUAUUUAUAUUACAAGUGUACUUCAGAAACAUGCCAGUUUGAAAUACAUAUACUAAAGGUUUAAGUGCUCCUGCUAUUUUAUUGGCUUUACAUUGACUUGGAUUUUUUUUCCCACAAUAAAGGAGGUUCAUUUUGGUCCUGCA